UCAGAGGAGGCGGAUUUAGAAGAGCUUGUUGAUGUGCACACGUUCGUGAAGCAGCUGACUAUCGAGAAGAAGAAGACAGCAAGUGAUGUGAAAUGUAUUUGCAUGGAAAACGAUAAAUUAAAGGGCGCGGUGAAGCCGGCGAAUAGCACGUUCAUUUCUCCCUCCCAACGGUUUAAACUGCCUCAAGAUGUUUAUAUUGCGGUAAUCUGUGUGCUGCUCAGCUUCCAUCAUGGCUGAAAACAUACCACUUAUUACGAUGAAAGAAUUUUGCCCUCUGUACUACUUGCUUAAUGCAGUCCCAUCAAAAGUACAGAAAGGGUUUCGCUCUGUGGUGGUAUAUUUGACUUCUUUGGAUGCCACCAGUGACUACAUUGCAAUGGGGAGCAGCAUUGGUAUGCUGUACUUAUACUGCAGACGACUAAACCAAAUGAAGAAGUACAACCUUGAGGGCAAGUCAGAGUCUAUUUCCUCUGUAAAAUUACUGAGCUGCUUUGAUGACCUUGUUGCUGUAGGAACAGUGUCUGGAAGAGUGAUUCUAUUCCAGCUUGUCUCACCUUUACCAGGAAGAAAUAAGCAGUUGCGCCGUUUUGAUGUGGUUGGCAUUCAUAAAACCACAGUAACUUCACUUGCUUGGAGUGCAAAUGGAAUGAAACUCUUUUCUGGGGAUGACAAAGGCAAAGUGGUGUAUUCUUCUCUGGAUCUCGACCAGGGUGUCUGUAAUCCCAUUUUGUUGCUUGAGGAACAAUCUGCUAUUGUACAGCUUGAGUACAAUCAAAAAGUGCUUCUUGUUUCAACAUACCAGCGCUGUUUGCUUUUUUAUACUGAGGAGAAAGUGGUACAGCAAAUUGGAACAAAACCUAGAAAAAGCAAUGGGAAAUUUGGGUGCUGUUUCCAACCGGGACUUUGCAAACGGAGUGAUCUUUGCUUAUAUACUGCAAGGCCUGGUCUUCGCUUGUGGAAGGCAGAUGUUAAUGGAACAGUUCAGGCCACUCAUAUUUUGAAAGACCUAUUUGCUAAUGGAGUGAAACAGUUUGAACUUUAUCCUCGCACUGGAACAGGCAGCACAGGAGCUUACCGACCCACAGAGAGACAGCUUGGUUUAAUAACAUGCUUCCUACAUGAAGGGUGGAUUGUCAGUUGGAACGAAUACAGUGUUUAUGUUAUUGACACACUGAAUCAGGUUAUCAUUGGUGGUUUGGAAAGCUCUGGAGAUAUUGUGUCAAUCUCCUGCACUGAAAAUGAGAUUUUUCUUCUAAAGGGUGACAGGGAUAUCAUCAGGAUUUCCAACAGGCCAGAAGGAAUAACGUCAAUAAGUAUGUUAGAUUCAUUCUCUCAGUCAAGCAGUUUGAUUGGCUCCUCCACUUUGAGUCCAUCUGGAUCUGUAGAGACAGCUCAGCAAAUUCGCACCAUGCCAAUUAUAUGUGAGUCCAUAGAUGACAAGCUGAAUGAACUUCAAGAAGAUUAUGGUGAAAAGAAUGAUAUGGAAAUGUCUGAUUAUAAAAAUAAUAGUAAAGACCCAAAUAAUGAAUUUGUUCAAAAAGGGAACAGUGAGUCCAGAAGCAGAAGCAGCUCGGUAAAUUCGUGGGACAGUGCUGUGGGUCUUGGAGCCAAUCCAGACCAGUCUGUAUCCAUAGAAAUGUCUUCUGCAAGAUUUAGUUCAAUUAGCACUGAAGAUUUUGACCAAGAGCUGGUAGUGAAGCCUAUCAAAGUGAAGAAAAGGCAUAGGCGACGGCAAGACAGCAUUAGCCGAAAGUCUGAAAGCAACUACUCUGAAAGCAUAUUAAAUAUGGAGCCAACUAGUGAUGGGGCCAGCACUCCUGCUAGUGACUUCUUGUCUGAUCGGACAAGUCUGCUAUACAGCAGUUCUGACCUUCUAAUUACUGAUUCCCCAGACAGCUUUCUCAGUUCUGAUUUACAUAGCUUUGCACCAGAGGACACUACCUUGGAAGUCUUUGUUUCAGCCCAGUCAUCGGUUUGUGAUUCUGCUCCACAAGAGGAGGACAGGGAGGAGGAACACUGUGUGCCUACCAGUAUUCACAGUCAUAGAAACAAUUUGGUGUUUCCUAAGUCUUCUGAAGUUUGCUCUAACAUGUUAGAAGGAUUUUACAAUAACGAUGAAAAUCGGGAAUCUGAAAUAUCUAGUAAUCCUAAAGAUACCAAUCUUUUGAAUGAGAACAAAAAUGCAUUACUUUCUGACACGGAGUACUGUAACCACGCUGAUCAUUUUAUUAAGGAUGUAUGUGAUGUGGCAGCUUCAGUAGAACCUGGACAAAAAAGAGAUGCACACCCUUUGAAAAAUGCCUCUUCAGAUCCACCUUCUUUGGUUGAAUCUGGACCCCCCAGUCUUUCUUUGAACUUAGAAGUGAGCCCAAAGAAGCUCAUGCCAGCCUCUGCAAGUGAAACUAAAUUUGAUCACCCUUUACAUGGAAUCGUUGGCCCCAUAUCCCUCACUCCAAAGGCUUGUGAUCGAGAGCCACUUUCUGCUUCAAGUGAUGACGAGGAUAUCUAUGCACAUGGGCUACCAGCUUCUUCAUCAGAGUAUGGCUUUGCUGAUAUUCAGAGUCCAUUAGACAAACAAAGUGGUCUGAAGUCCAGCUUGGAGGAUUCUGCCCUAUUACGAUCUGAUCAGUUUGCAGAGAGCUGGAUGAGAUACUCUGGUCCUGGACAUGGAAUUCUGAGUUUGGUGGUCUCUGAAAAGUAUGUGUGGUGUCUGGAUUUUAAAGGGUGUUUGUUCUGCAGUGCCAUGCCAAGUUCUGGUCUUCGUUGGCAGAAGUUUGAGGACAAUGUCCAGCAGGUGGCAGUGUCUCCCUCAGGUGCACUGCUUUGGAAGAUAGAACAGAGAACAAACAAGGCUUUUGCAUGUGCAAAAGUAUCAAUCAAGGGCAAGCGGCAUUGGUAUGAAGCACUUCCACAGACCUCUUUUGUUGCACUGAGCAAUGAUGCUGCCUGGAUUAUCCGUACUAACGGUGAUCUUUACCUCCAGUCAGGUUUGAGUACUGAUAGGCCAUGUGCCAGAUCUGUAAAAGUGGAGUGCCCUUGUCCAUUCUCUCAAAUUGCCUGUCGGGAUAAUGUUGUGUGGGCACUCACAGAACAGAGAACUGUGUUUUACAGAGAAGGGCUAACCAGUUUCUGCAUAGAAGGGGAACAAUGGAAAUAUGAUAUCAUAAGUGAAAGACAGAGUCUGGAGCCAGUCUGCAUUUCUCUAGGAGACCAUCAGACAGCCUGGGCACUGGACACCAUUGGAAAUCUUUGGUUCAGAACUGGAAUUUCUCCAAAGAAACCACAAGGUGAAGAUGAUCACUGGUGGCAGGUGAGCAUUACAGAUUAUGUGGUUUUUGACCAGCAUGGCCUCUUUCAAACCAUCAUGCACGCUACACAGACGGUUGCAACUGCUGCCCAGGUACCUGUGGAAAAAGUGGCAGAUAAGCUACGGGUAGCUUUCUGGUCACAGCAGCCUCAGUGCCAACCCAGUCUAAUCAGUGUGAACAGUAGUGGAGUCUGGAUCACAUCAGGAAAAAACGAGUUCCAUGUGGCUAAAGGCAGUCUUAUUGGCACUUAUUGGAACAUUGUUGUGCCACGGGGAACUGCAUCUGCAACCAAGUGGGCCUUUGUUUUUGCAUCAGCAGCUCCAACACAUGAAGGAAGUUUCCUAUGGUUGGGGCAAACCUUCAAAGAUCUUUUCUGCAUUAGUGAUAAGAAUCCACAGUUCAGGCCAUCUACUGUCCAGCUUCCUCAUGAUGUGGAGAUGGUCCAGUUUUCUGCUUGCCAAGAUGCUGUGUGGGGACUAGACACACAGGGAUUUGUCUUUAUUCGAGCUUUAUCCAGAUCCUGCCCAACUGGAAUGCAUUGGACCAGAUUAGACCUUAGCCAAUUAGGGAGAAUUAAGCUGGUGAGCUUGUCAUGUGGGAGUCAAAAUGUGUGGGCCUGUGAUGUCAAUGGAAUGGUAUAUUUCAGAGUGGGAACACAGCCACUUAAUCCCAGUAUGAUGUUGCCUGCAUGGAUUUGCAUUGAGCCUCCUGAGCAGCCAGUUGGUGUGCACCUUAUAAAAAUUUACACUAGUCCAAAUGACAAAAUGCUCUGGGUAAUCGACAACCGUGGAAAUGUUCAUGUACGAACUGGAAUCACAGAAGAAAUGCCCGUUGGCACCAACUGGGAACAUGUUCCAGGUCUGCAGGCCAGUCACCUUGCAGUGAGUAGGAGAACAGUUUGGGUAUGCUGUCCUAAUGGAGACCUCGCUCGUAGAUAUGGCAUUACAGAUAAAAAUCCAGCAGGAGAUUACUGGAAGAAAAUUCCUGGAUGUGUGACUUGUUUAACAGUGACACCCCUGGAUGAGCUUUGGGCAGUUAGUCAGAAUGGUUGUUUGAUUCAGCGCCUCACUAAAACCUUUCGUCAGGACAACUCAAGCAUAAAACCUGGUGCAGGCGUCAUGGCAGCCCACUCUGAAGACCUUGAGGAUGAAUGGGAAGUAAUUUGACAGUUGCCUGUUCGACUAACAUCAGCUGAUUGGCCUGUUGUUUUGUGUAUUUAACAGUCAGCUACCUGGUUUGUUUUGGUGGUAUGAAUUAUUGUUUAUGGGCCUCUGUGUGUCUUAAACUGAGGGAUUAUUAAGGUAAAAUUUGUGUUCCUUUUUAAGUUGCAUAUUCAGGAAUGUCUAGGGAGCUUAAUUUUUGAGACCAAUGAAUUACCUUGUUCAUUCCAAAUACUGUAGAGAUCUAAUAGGUCAGUCAUGCAAAACUACCAAGAUGAUUACUUGUUUGUUUUUUUGGGGCGGUUGUUAAGUCUCAGUGUUGCAUGUGACUAUUCACCAUGGUCAUGUGUAUACAGGUUAUGAAAGGAGAAUUUUUUUAUUUUUUUUUUAUUUUGGACUAUUCUGUUCUCAACAUGCAAGUAUUUUUUGGUAUAAGAAUAUGAAUUAUAAAUAUCUGUGCACUGCAGCUGUAUUAAACAUUUAGCUGCAGUUCCCCACUCAGGCCUUUCUUCAGCCAUUACACUCUUAUUACACUUGUGCUUUAUAUACUUGAUGUCCAUGUAAUGCCUUUUUCCUUUAAAUUAUCGUUAUUCUGCUGCAGCUCGUGAGUGGGCUGCCUACUUUAUGCUUCCUAGAAGUUGCUUUAUUUUUUAGAGCAUUGCAUAGCAAGGGAUGUUAGGGUUCAAUACCUGAGCAAAUAUUGUUCAAAAUGUUAUAGAAAAAGAUCUUUUUUUUCUUAUCAUGGAUUCAUUACUUUCACAAAUCAAAGAUGGUAUAAAAUACUUAACAUUAUAUUUACUUAAAGCAAAUAUACGGAAUGUACAUAAGGAGAUAGAAGAGAUGGUUCCCUAAAUAUGAAGGACCGUCUGACAAGGACAGGUUCAAGACUAAUAUACCUAAACUGUACAUAGUAUAAUGAAAAGUGAUUUGUAAAAUUAAUGUACAGCUUAUGCUUGAGAUUUGUAGUCUGUGUUUUCUGGAAAUGUAAUGUUAACCUUUGGAAAAAUUAGAUUCCUGCAGUGCACAACUGGGUGGAUGAUUGGACAGUUGGAAUAAAUCUGAACUAUUCAAGGUUGACUCAGUGCAGGUACUUGCUUUUUAAGCUGUAUUUGUUACGCACCAUUUUCGGGAGAUAAAAACCAUUAUUAAAGGAGACAUGGAUCAUAGAAAUGGUUUAUUACGGUUUUCAGAAGGGAAAGAGGCGGGUGAUUUUUUUUUU